AUGAGAUUCUCCGAUUUGACCGCCGUCGCCGGCCUUGCACCGGAUGCCCUGCCCGAAGGCGGGUUUUCCGGCGUGACGGCGGAUUCGCGGCUCGUGGCGGCAGGCGACCUGUUCGUGGCGCUGCCCGGGUCGACGACCGAUGGCGCCGCCUUUGCCGCCGAUGCCGCCGCCAAGGGCGCGGUCGCCGUCCUGUGCGGCCCCGAUGCGGCGGUUUCGGUCGAUGUGCCGGUAAUCCGAACCUUAGACCCGCGCCGCGCGCUGGCGCUGAUCGCGGCGAAGCUGUACGGCCCGCAGCCCGAAACCAUGGUCGCGGUGACGGGCACCGCCGGCAAGACCUCGGUCGCCGCCUUCACGCGGCAGAUCUUCGCACAAGCGGGCCUGAAGGCCGCCGCGAUCGGCACGACCGGCGUCAUCGCACCGGGCGUUUCCAUCGAGGGCGCGCUGACGACCCCCGACCCGGUCAAGCUGCACCGCAUUCUCGCCGACCUGUCGGUAGCGGGCAUCACCCACGGCGCGAUGGAAGCAUCCAGCCACGGGCUCGACCAGCGGCGCCUCGACGGCGUCGAACUCGCGGCAGCCGGUUUCACCAAUCUGGGCCGCGACCAUCUCGACUACCAUCCGGACAUGGAGAGCUAUUUCGCCUCCAAGAUGCGCCUGUUCGACACGCUGCUCGGCGCCGGCAAACCGGCCGUCAUCUUCGCCGACGAUGCCUGGUCGGCGCGUGCCAUCGACGCCGCGCAGGCCGCCGGCUGCGACGUUCUCACGGUCGGCCGCAAGGGCGCGUUCAUCACGCUCAAGCGUGUCGAACACGAACAGCACAAGCAGGUGGUCGAACUGACCCAUGACGGCGAAACCCACCGCAUCGUGCUGCCGCUCGCCGGCGACUUCCAGGUCGCCAACGCGCUGGUCUCGGCGGGGCUGGCGAUCGCCGCCGGCGUCGCGCCGAAGACCGCUUUCGGCGCGCUCGAGCACAUCGAGGGCGCGCCGGGCCGGCUCGACCUGAUCGGCACCGCAAGGAACGGCGCGGUGGUCUAUGUCGACUAUGCGCACAAGCCCGAAGCGCUCGAACAGGUGCUCGAGGCCGUGCGGCCCUUUACGACCGGCAAGGUCGCCGUCGUUUUCGGCUGCGGCGGCGACCGCGAUCCCGGCAAACGGCCGAUCAUGGGUGAGAUCGCCUCCCGGCUGGCCGAUCUCGUCUAUGUCACCGACGACAAUCCGCGCUCUGAAGAUCCGGCGGCGAUCCGCGCGGCGAUCAUGGCAGCCGUGCCCGGCGCCACCGAGAUCGGCGACCGGCGCGCGGCGAUCCGCACGGCGGUGGCGGCGCUUUCGACCGGCGACACGCUGGUGAUCGCCGGCAAGGGCCACGAGACCGGCCAGACCACGGGCGGCGUCACACGGCACUUCUCCGACCAUGAAGAGGCGCGGGCGGCCCUGUCCGAGGACAUGCUGGACGCGAUGGACGGCCGGCCGGUCGGCGGUGUUGCCGAUGCCGUCACAGGCAUCUCCAUCGACACGCGCACGCUCCAGCCGGGCGACGCGUUCUUCGCCAUUAAGGGCGAUGUGCAUGACGGCCAUGCCUUUGCAUCCAAGGCGGUGGCGGCCGGCGCAUCGUGCCUUGUCGUGCAGGAGGGCAAGCUGGCCGCGCUGGGCGGGCUGACGGUGCCGCUGCUGGUCGUGCCGGACGCGCAGAUCAUCGCAGUGACGGGAUCGGCCGGAAAGACGACCACCAAGGAUGCGCUGCGCCAUGUGCUCGGCCGCUGCGGCAAGGUGCAUGCCUCUGUCGCCUCCUACAACAAUCAUUGGGGCGUGCCGCUGACACUGGCCCGGAUGCCAGCCGACACCGAUUAUGGCGUCUUCGAGAUCGGCAUGAACCAUGCCGGCGAGAUCACGCCGCUGGUCAAGCUGGUGCGGCCGCAUAUCGGCAUGAUCACGCUGAUCGCCGCCGCCCAUCUGGGCAAUUUCAAGAAUCUGGACGGCAUCGCGCACGCCAAGGCGGAAAUCUUUGCCGGCGUGGUGCGCGGCGGCACGGCGCUGAUCAACCGCGACGACAAGCGGUUCAAGCUGCUUGCCGACCUUGCCGGGCAGGCCGGCGUCAACAAGAUCAUCGGCUAUGGCGCCGACAAGAAGGCCGAUGCGCGGCUGGUCAACGCCAAAUAUCACGCCGACUGUUCGACCGUAACGGCCAGGGUCUUCGGCGAGGAAGUCGCCUUCAAGGUCGGCCUUCCGGGACGCCACGUGGUGCAGAACAUGAUGGGCGUCCUCGCCGCCUGCCAUCUGAUGGGCGCGGACAUGACCACGGUUGCCCAUGCGCUGGCGGACUUGCAGGCGCCGGACGGCCGCGGCCGGCAGUAUGCGUUCGAGGCGGGCGACGGGCCGUUCACGCUGAUCGACGAGAGCUACAACGCCAAUCCGGCGUCGGUUGCCGCCGCGCUCGAACUUCUGGCCGCGCUGGAACCCAAGUCGGGCGGGCGGCGGAUCGCCGUUCUGGGCGACAUGCUGGAGCUGGGCAGCCAUUCGGCGCGUCUGCAUGAAGGGCUUGCCGAACCGGUCGGCAAGGCCGGGAUCGACCGGCUCUAUCUGGCGGGCGAGGAAAUGCGCGCGCUGGCCGCCGCAAUCGGCCAGGACGGGCCGGUCACCGACCAUUUCGACGAUGUCGACGCGCUUGCCGCAGCGCUGCGGAGCGACGUAUCGGCCGGCGAUGUCGUCAUGAUCAAAUCAUCCAACGGGAUCGGCUUUUCGCGGCUGGUGUCGAUGUUCGAGAACGCCAAGCCGCGCGCCUGA